CGCGGCGCCGGGCCGGGGCGGGGGCCGUGCGGGCCCGUAGGGAGCGGCGGCGGCUGGGGCUGGCACAAGGCGGCAGGGUACAGCCGCGAAACCCGAUCCCCGGGGCGGCCCGCAGCUGGGCGGCUGGUCCUUGCCGGCUCCCUGACCCGAUUACACGGCUUGGCGCAGGGGAGGAACGAGGCGGUGGCGGCAGGGCGUCCGCCCCGGGGACCCCUGAGCGCACCCUCGCCGGAGGGGGGUGGCUCAGCGAAAGGUUAAUAAUGCUUGUAAGCCAGAGGUGAAAGUGGCUCAGCAGAGCAACAUCGGGAAAUCUGGCAGACUGGAAGAGAACAGCUGCCCCUCAGGGCAGCUGCAAAGUGUGAAGCAUGGAGGAAAGCAAGAAUGAGAAGGUGAACCAGGCUCAUGUUCUCUUUGACAGAUUUGUCCAGGCUUCAACCUGCAAGGGGACUCUCAAGGCUUUCCAAGAGCUCUGUGACUACCUAGAACUAAAGCCCAAGGACUAUCGUUCUUUCUAUCACAAACUCAAGUCCAAGCUAAAUUAUUGGAAAGCCAAAGCCUUGUGGGCCAAAUUGGAUAAAAGAGGCAGCCAUAAGGACUAUAAGAAGGGGAAAGCAUGCGCCAACACGAAGUGUCUGAUAAUUGGGGCUGGACCCUGUGGCCUUCGUACAGCCAUCGACCUGUCAUUCCUGGGAGCCAAGGUGGUGGUCAUAGAAAAGAGGGAUGCCUUUUCCCGCAAUAAUGUGCUGCAUUUGUGGCCGUUCACCAUACAUGACUUGAGGGGUCUUGGCGCCAAAAAGUUUUACGGCAAAUUCUGUGCAGGGUCCAUAGACCAUAUCAGUAUCCGUCAGCUCCAGCUUAUCCUUUUGAAGGUUGCCUUGAUCUUGGGAAUAGAGAUCCAUGUCAAUGUGGAAUUUCAGGGGCUUGUUUACCCUCCAGAGGAUCAGGAGAAUGAAAGAAUAGGUUGGCGUGCAUUGGUCCACCCAAAAACCCAUCCAGUAUCUGAGUAUGAGUUUGAAGUAAUCAUUGGAGGGGAUGGCAGGAGGAACACCUUAGAAGGGUUUCGCCGAAAAGAAUUCCGUGGUAAACUAGCAAUUGCUAUCACAGCAAACUUCAUCAAUCGCAACACUACAGCUGAAGCCAAAGUAGAAGAGAUCAGCGGUGUGGCCUUCAUAUUCAACCAGAAGUUCUUCCAGGAUCUACGAGAAGCCACAGGUAUUGACUUGGAGAACAUUGUCUACUACAAAGAUGAUACACACUACUUUGUCAUGACUGCCAAAAAACAGAGCUUGCUGGAAAAAGGAGUGAUACGGCAUGAUUAUGCUGACACAGAGUUAUUACUCUCACGGGAGAAUGUGGACCAGGAGGCUCUGCUAAACUAUGCCAGAGAAGCAGCUGACUUCUCCACUAAUCAGCAGCUGCCAUCCCUGGACUUUGCCAUCAAUCACUAUGGUCAGCCAGAUGUGGCCAUGUUUGACUUCACGUGCAUGUAUGCAUCGGAGAACGCAGCCCUGGUGCGAGAGCAGAAUGGCCACCAGUUACUUGUGGCACUGGUUGGGGAUAGUCUCUUAGAGCCGUUUUGGCCAAUGGGAACUGGAAUAGCCAGGGGAUUUUUGGCUGCAAUGGACUCUGCUUGGAUGGUACGAAGCUGGUCACUUGGAGCUAGUCCUUUGGAAGUUCUUGCAGAGAGGGAAAGCAUUUAUAGGCUACUGCCUCAGACCACCCCCGAGAACGUGAGUAAAAACUUCAGCCAUUACAGCAUUGAUCCCGCCACCCGAUAUCCCAAUAUCAACGUCAACUUCUUGCGGCCACAGCAGGUACGCCACUUGUAUAAUACAGGAGACUUGAAAGACAUUCACCUGGAAAUAGAGAACUUUGUAAACUCUAGGACACCAAAGCUGACUCGGAAUGAGUCUGUAGCUCGCUCUAGUAAAUUGCUCAGCUGGUGCCAGAGGCAAACUGAUGGAUAUGCUGGUGUAAAUGUGACAGAUCUCACAAUGUCAUGGAAAAGCGGCCUAGCUUUGUGUGCCAUUAUCCACAGAUACCGUCCAGACUUAAUAGACUUUGAUUCUUUGGAUGAGCACAAUGUGGAGAAGAAUAACCAACUGGCCUUUGACAUCGCUGAAAAAGAGUUUGGAAUAUCUCCCAUUAUGACUGGAAAGGAAAUGGCAUCUGUUGGAGAGCCAGAUAAACUGUCCAUGGUGAUGUACCUCACACAGUUCUAUGAGAUGUUCAAAGACACCAUUCCCUCUAGUGAUAGUCUGGACCUGAAUGCAGAAGAAAAAGCUGCGCUAAUUGCCAGUACCAAAUCACCCAUCUCUUUUCUCAGUAAACUGGGACAAAGCAUCUCUCGGAAACGCACUCCAAAGGACAAAAAAGAAAAGGAACUGGAUGGUGCAGGAAAGAGGAGAAAAACCAGCCAAUCCGAGGAUGAGGACAUCCCACGAAGCUACAGAGAAGAAAGGCCCACACUGGUGAGCGCCCUGACAGAGAGAAGAAUUGAUGCUGCCAUUGGGAAUCAGAACAAAGUCAAGUCUAUGGCAACCCAGUUACUGGCCAAGUUUGAGGAGAAUGCACCAGUGCAGUCCUCAAGCUUACGAAGACAGCAACCUGUCCUGCCUUAUCAAGAACGUGUUCACAACCAACCAUCCAGCAGGCGAGAGCAGGGCCGUCUUGCUGCCAUACCCCAGUGGAAACAGCUGAGGAGUAAGGAACGUUCUCGGACCUGCCCCAAAAAAGUGAUCAUGCUCUCUUCUUCCACUCCACCUUCCUCUCCACCGUAUCCCAGGCAGCAGAGAAACAGGGAGCCUGGUGCUGACUGUCCUGGGGAGCAGAGUCCCAGACAGGAAAGGAGAUCUCCUCGUUUAUAUUCUGAUGACCAAGUGCCUGAGAAUGUUGAGCAAAGGGCAUGUCAGCUGGCUGCCCUCCUGGAGUCCAGACCUGCUGUGAGGCAUCAGCCUGAGACUGAACCGUCUCGCCGAUUCUUUGUUGACCAGUGGGAGCUCUCCCUUAGCCUCCGUUCUUCUAAUCGCCCUUCUUCACCUUCAUCUGACUCUCUUCGACAGAAGUAUAUAAAGAUGUACACAGGCGGAGUGAGCUCAUUGGCUGAGCAGAUAGCCAAUCAGCUUCAAAGGAAAGAGCAACCUAAAACCCUUCUAGACAAGAAGGAACUGGGCUCGCUCAAAAAGGAGUUCCCCCAAAACCUGGGAGGCAGCGAUGUCUGUUACUUCUGUCGCAAGCGAGUCUAUGUGAUGGAAAGGCUGAGUGCUGAAGGCAAGUUCUUCCACCGCAGUUGCUUCAAGUGUGAAUACUGUGCGACGACUCUGCGCUUGUCAUCUUAUGCCUAUGAUAUUGAAGAUGGUAAAUUCUACUGUAAGCCUCACUACUGUUACCGACUCUCUGGUUAUGCUCAAAGGAAGAGGCCAGCAGUGGGUCCUCUGUCAGGAAAGGACACCAAAGGAGCUCUGCAGGACGCCAUGGCAAGCGAUGGAAGUGGCCGGGCAAAUACCAUCUCCGCCUCAGCAGAGAGGGCCCCAGGUUCUAAUGUAAACGGGCUGGAAGAGCCCAGCCUUGCUAAGCGGCUGCGUGGCACACCUGAGCGGAUUGAGUUGGAGAACUACCGACUGUCACUGCAGCGGGAAGAAGAACUGGAAGAGGUUCCUGAAGAGACGCUAGCAGAGCAUAACCUGAGCAGUGUGUUGGACAAAGGAACAGAAGAAGAUGGGCCAAGCAGUAGUUCAGAGUCUGAGAUGGAGGAGGAAGAUGAAGAGGAAGAAGAUGAACUACUGCUGCCUCAGCAACCCCCUUCAGACUUGGGUGGUGUGCCAUGGAAAGAGGCUGUACGUAUCCAUGCCCUCCUGAAGGGAAAGAGUGAAGAAGAGAUUGAGGCUGAGGAAAAUCAUGAGUUUGAGGACAAAGAAGAUGAGGAGGAGGAGGAGGAGGAAGACGAAGAGUCGGAAGAUGAGGAGUCAAGUGAAGAGGGGGAGUAUUGCCCUUGGGAGAGAGAGCUGCAGCAAGGCCUCUGGCUUCAACGUCUUUCAAAUGAAGAGGACACGGGUACAUUUAAAGCUGGAAACCUUAGACUGCAGCAGAUUGUAAAUCCGGUUGAUCCUCUGGAGAUCCUGGCAGAUGUGCACUGGACACACAUCCGUGAAAAAGAGGAGGAGGAAAAAAUGGUCCCAACCUCAAAGUCCUCCACCUCCAGAGCAUCCGACCUUCCUUCCGUACGCCAUGAGGCGGUACAGGCGUGGCUGGAGACGGUCCCUGGAGCUCCAUGUGAGGAUAAUGAUGUGGAGGACGAGCUGGGCACAGAGCCUGCAGACACAGAAGGGCAGGCUGGUGAAGAAGGAGACACGGGUGCAGAGCUGGAUGAUGAUGACAUCCCAUCUGAUGCAGAAGCAGAGUUUCGCUUACAUCAAGGUGGCAUAGAAGAGCCAGAAGUAAAAGUCUCUGAAGAUGAAGAAGAUGAAGAAGAAGAAAGUGCUUCUUGCAGUGUGACAGAAGAUCCGUGCAAGCCAACCAUCCCGAUCCAGUCAUCCAGUGACAGUGUUCUUCCUCUGUCUCCAGUUGAUAGUCCCAAAGCAAAACAAGCGGAGGAUGUAAAAGAUCCCCUGGCUGAAGUAUCCCGUGCAAUAAAAUCUCCAGAGGCACGCUUUUUUCCUGAGCCUUUCAUUCUUGAAGAAGGACCAAAGGAUGAAGUUCCCAAAGACAGGAAAGUUAAGAGUCCUUUGGUGCCCCCAUCUCCAGUGUUAUCCCAGCCGGCUGCAUCACCAGAAGCCAUUGUACCUACAUCACUAGCAGAGUCUCAGCCAGCAGCACCAACAGUGGCUUCAUCCCCAACCUCUGCUCAAAUGCCUAUCUGUUCCCAGCCUUUGCCUUCUGCUGAAACAUCCAUUCCAUCCCCAGUGGAGCCUCCAGUAUGUUUCCAGCCUGUCCCAGCCUUAACGUCUACUCCUUUAGCCAAACUGGUCCUUAGGGGCCAGGAUAGUGAGGUGGAAAAACUGGGGAGCCCUACCACUGCAGAAGAAGCCCUGAAACGGAGUAACCUUGUAGAAGAGUUCUGGAUGAAGAGUGCUGAAAUACGGAGGAGCUUAGGGCUCACCCCAGUAGACAGAAACAAACGCUCAGAGACAAACUUUACUGUAUCUGCCCUUGAGACAACUCCUCUCAAGACUUUUAAUAGUGAGAAUAUUUCAGGGGAUGAAAGGAUCCAUCUUGUGAAACCCCAGCCUACCCCAAGAAGACAAGGACUGUCAAAGUUAGAAAAUGAGCAGAUUUCUCUGCUCACUCCAAAAUCUCCAUCAGAAAAAGAGCUAAAGAGUUCCACUGAAGUAAGGAGGGAUGUAUCCAGCAGUUCCGGACUUGGCCUUCAGGAGAGCUCAUCUAACAUGAGAACUAUGGCUAGCCAGAGCUUCAACACUUCUGACUCCACCAUGCUUACUCCUCCAUCAAGUCCACCACCACCACCACCUCAGGAUGAAGAACCAGCCACUUUGCGUAGAAAGAGGCAUCAAGCAGUCUGGCAGAAUGAGGUUGAAGCCAGGUCACCUCCAACACCAGCAUCAACACCUCCUGCUCCCCGAUGCCAUGAGCCAACCUCUGCUGCCAAAGAGUCAACCCAGGCCAAAAAAGAUGACGUGCGGAAGUCUUUUGCAGAGAGUGUGGAUGAGAUUCCAUUUGCUGAUGAUGUAGAAGACACAUAUGAUGACAGGACAGAGGACUCAAGCCUUCAUGAGAAGUUCUUUACACCUCCUACCAGUAGGCCAAGGCCUGAGAAACCACUUCUUUUGCCCUUGGUCAAAGAAAAUGGUGGUCCACCUUCAAUGGAAGGAGGGGUUAACCAAAAGAAGAGAGUGUUGCCUGAAAUUUCCGUGGAGGCCAAGGAGCUUGCUGAAGAAAGAAUGAGAGCCAGAGAGAAGUCUGUCAAGAGCCAAGCACUGCGUGAUGCCAUGGCUAAACAGUUGUGUAAGAUGAAAGAUAUGGAGACAGCUGGGGCCACAAGGGCGCGAAAGGCAUCUUCUAUGCCCUUGAAGACCAAAGAGUUGUUUUAUGACUCUCCAAAGCAUCUGGCCUUGAAAAUAGCAGAGGGAUCCACACGAAAGCAUGAUGCUGCUAUUGAGAAGUUCUCCACUCCUGCUGCUGAUGUGGCUGGACCUGAAGGGUCUGUUACUUCUUCAGAAGGCUCCAGUGGGAAGAGUAAGAAAAGAACUUCUCUUUUCUCUCCUCGUAAAAACAAAAAGGAGAAGAAAUCAAAAAAUGACAGCAGGCUUUCCGACAAAUCUAGUGGUGGAACAGAGGAAGCAUCAAAGCCUAGGUCGUUAUGGAAGUCUGUUUUCUCUGGGUAUAAGAAAGACAAGAAGAAAAAGACUGAUGACAAAUCCUGCCCAAGUACUCCCUCAAGUAGUGCCACUGUGGAUUCUGGCAAGCACAAAGCUUCUCCGUUCGUUACAGCUGCAGACUUGCAGCUCCGUCAACACCUGAGUUUCUCAGAGGACUCUGACCUCUCCAGUGAUGACAUUCUGGAACGCUCCUCCCAGAAAUCCAAGCGAGAGUCGAUUUAUGUACCACACGCCUUGGCAUUCAAGAGAUCAUAUUCGUCAAAGAGAGCCUACACAGAAGAGGAACUGAAUGCCAAGCUGACCCGGCGAGUACAGAAAGCUGCCCGUAGACAAGCCAAGCAAGAGGAGCUAAAGAGGUUGCAUAGAGCUCAGAUCAUCCAGCGGCAGCUUGAACAAGUGGAAGAGAAGCAGAGGCAACUUGAAGAGAGGGGAGUUGCUGUGGAGAAGGCCCUUCGGGGAGAAGCAGUUGAGCCCAAUGCCGGGACACCACGUCGUAGACCUCUCUCCUUCUGCCCUUGCUGUGCCCAUGAAGGCAUGGGUAAGAAGGAUGAUCCCAAGCUGAUGCAGGAGUGGUUCAAGCUGGUGCAGGAGAAGAAUGCCUUGGUUCGCUACGAGUCCGAACUGAUGAUAUUCGCUCGGGAGCUAGAACUGGAAGACAGGCAGAGUCGAUUACAGCAGGAACUCCGGGAGAGGAUGGCAGUAGAAGAUCAUUUGAAGACAGACGAGGAGCUCUCAGAGGAGAAGAGGAUCCUGAACGAGAUGCUAGAAGUAGUGGAGCAGAGAGAUUCUCUUGUGGCUCUCCUUGAGGAGCAACGGCUUCGAGAAAAAGAAGAAGAUAAGGACCUGGAGGCAGUCAUGCUUUCCAAAGGUUUUAGCUUGAACUGGUCCUGAGCUUAACACAUUUACCUCUGCUGGUCUGUGUUGUCCAGUUGGCCUACCCUGAGUUCGCCAGAAUUUCAUGGAUAGGAAGAUGUUGAAGGGGAAACCUCCAACAGCACGCAGGGAUUUGGGUUGAAGCACUCAGAAGCCUUUUGAUAAGUGUGUUGGUUCCAGAAGCUUAAGUUUUACAUGUCUGCAAGCCAAGUUGAAGAUAAUGAGUUGAGACUGUGGAGUCUCCUUGAGGUCCUGUACAACGGACUGUAUUUUUGUGGGGAGUAGGAGGGAGAGGAAUAAUCCACGUGUGGGGAAGGAAGUUAAGGGAAGAAGUACCCUUAACUAAACUGGAUUUAUGGCGGUCCAUUCCUUUCCCCUUUUUACUACACCAGUUCUAAUAAAAGGGAGGGAAGUGGCAACCCUCUCUGGAAAACCACAGCAGCCUGUAGCAGCCUGUAUGGUGGAGUCAGCUGUCUGAGAGAGCUCCAGAAGCCCAGGGCAACACCUUCUUUGCUUUAGUCUUCCUCCCCACCAAAGAAACCUGCAGUUGAUCAUUAUGGAUAUGAAGAAAUACGAGACAGAGACAAUACUACUAGUAUGCAUGAUGGAACUCUCUGCCUCCUGGUUUUGAGAGAGAUGUGGGCAUUGGAAGACUCUCUCCCUAUCAUAGCCUCCUAAACCUUCUUGUGGGGGGAAAAAAGGGGAGAAGAAGAGAGAGGGAAGAUGCCCUCCUGCUUUGCUACACACUGGAGAGAUAGCUACUGCUGGCCUUAGUCUUCAUGGCCACAGCUCAGAGGCUGGUGGGCUUCUUUGUUCUGUUUUUGUUGUGACUGUUUUGACACUGGAAAAUACUGACUGUGGGACAGUGGUAAGUGUGUGCUGGGGCAGGGGUGUUACCAGGCAGCAUUCCCUGGCUGUUAGGCUCCUAAAAGGGAGAAGCCCUUAAGUGACUGAACCACCAUUAAGACUUUUCAGUGUUUUUAUUUUUUCCUCUGUAUUUUGUUUUUGCACAUUGGAAAUGAAGCUUAAGACCUGCCUGGGCCCUCAGUCACUUUGACCCUUUUAUGUCAAUUAACUUAUUUUUUUAAUACUUGAAAGAAGAUUCAUUUUUGUAUCUUUUAGGAAAAAAAUGGACGAGUGAUGGGUGUGUGUGCCUGCUGCAUCCUACAACUUCCACUUCUAAAUUACUGGACGUUGUUACCUGUGGCUAUUUAUUAGUGUUCUUAUUAAUAAUUUGAUUGUUACACAUAUUUGAUUGUGGAGGGAAUGUUUUAACUCUUUUAGAGAAAAACACUACUGUGGAUUGGUCCCUGCUUCACAGCAAGGGCAGUCUUUAUGGACCCACUGAUGCGUCCUGCCCUAGGAGUUUUCCUUUAUGACAAAAUCCUGCAUAGUCAUGGAGUUGUAAGAAUCUACUCGUGUUCCUAGCAUACUUUUCUUCUGCAUCCCAGAUUCCCUCUGUUGGACUAAUAAACCUAUAAUUUAUUUAAAUUUUACAUUUUUAUAACAAGAAAGCCAAAACUGUGAGGUAGAAAUAUCCCAUAUGUGUGUCUCUCACUGAAAGAGGGGACCCUCACACUCCUGAGAUACAGCUAGAGGGACUUCCAUGAAAACAAAAAUAGCACAUUUCCUGCUGCAUCUGUUGGAAGAAGCUCCUUUUGGCUCAGCUAACGAAGCUGCUGCUUUUCAGCCAGGAGGGUACUCGCUGUAAUCAUACGUUAAGCAAUGAGCAGGACAUGCACUGAGCAAUUCAGCACCAUUCACUGUUUGACAGAUUCCCGGAGCAGACUACGUCCUUCGCUUGUCCCGCAGAGUUGAAAUAGCACUGUGCAUUGGGUAUGCGUGCCAUCCUUAGCAUGCUGUGUUAAGAGGCUUUUCCCCCUUGGGAUGCUGACUAUUUUCUUGUUAAAGAAGUACUAAGCCUGCUCCCCAAUGUCGUUGAGAAAGUGUCCGAUUCCCAAGGAUAUUCAUACAGUCUACCGACUCCUUCAGCUUGAACUUGCACUGUUGGUGCAAGGUACCCCACCAGGGCUGAACAUCCUUUAAUUUUUUGCCCCAGGACAGAAGUUAGCAUGGUUUCUUGCUGAUGGCUCUCUACCUCCUUCAGAGAGGUAUUCUGUAAGCCAGGGUCUACGAUCUGAAUAUUUAGAUUCACCUCUGACUCAGGAGCAUACCUCAGGCUGAGGAAGAAUGGGCAGGACUGUUCCCAGGGACUCUGCGCAGUGCUAGUUGCUAACUGUGGAAACGUGCUUUUUUUGGCCUCAAGUGUUCCCCCAUUAUCCCCCCUAGCGUUUUCUGCUAAGAUGUUACAAACUAAAUCCAGAUGCUCAUGAAACCAAGCAGACAGGCAGCUGCAGUGCUGUUUAAUUAUCGUGCAUGUGAGCAAGUGGUACCUGCUAUACCAGCAUCACAGACUGUUGGCUUACCAACAGGAUAUUCCUCCCGUGUGCCAGGGCAGGGGCCAGCUGCACAAGUCCAACUGGCAGUUUACACAGCCUGCGUUUGAGGGGCCAGUGGAAGCUGGAGAGGAGGAGGGAAGAAAGAGGGAAGCUAGACACAGUUUAUUGUAAACUGUCUUGCAGAGAGAAUUGGCCUCAGCCCAUUUCAUAGGGCACUAGGUAUAUGGACCACAUCUGACUUUUAACAAAAGAUCAUUGAAUGGGAGCUGUAGAACAGAAAGAAAUCCUGAAGAAGUACCAUAUUACUACUUUUCCCUUUCAUGCUGGGGGAUGCUGGCCAAAUCUUUGCAAUGCUGAAGAAUGAUACCACUUGAGGGUGUAAUGCCCUAUUGGAGGGGAAAACCACAUACUGUAAACCUGAACUCUUUAGGUUAUGCUGAAGGCCUUCAGCACUGAGAAUGAAAAUGAAGAGCUAGCAUCGCACACACUAAUUAAUUAAAAAUGCACGAAAGGGAAUGUUAAUAGCCUUUUUAUAUCAAAAUGGUUGAAAAAGGCACAACUUGUAUUUGCUGUUCAGUUGCACUUUAAGAAUAUGACUUGCAUAUCAGCUACUGGGUUUUUUUACUAUCUGAAUAUUUUUAAUUCAAAUUUUAUAUUUUUAAAGCUGAAGAAGGCUUUUGUGACCACAAGAUCUCUUAUUUGUAUCAGAAUCCAAGUAGGAUGUUCUAGCUCUUUGUGCUGCCCAGGUGGGCAGCAGCACAUGACUCAGGCCAUGUGCGUUCAAUGACGUGUCCAUUUCACAUGGCAGGGGAGCAAAAAGGCCCUCGGCUUCCGAGAAGUGGGCACACAAGGGCAUCCAUCCCCACGUGACACGGUCUGUACCAGGGGCUGGCUGCUUCCUCCCUGCAGUAGGUAGGAGGAGAGCCGAGCUUGGAACCUAACCUGUGUUUGUUCUGAACUGGGCACACUGAGGAUGGGGCAAGGACUUCAGUCCCCUAUGGGGAACAGAGGGAGGAGGAUACCACCUCCUGGAAACACCCAGGAGACAAAUGAGGAUGGGGGAGCGAGGACUGCCACAACAACCAAUCUGCUGUUUUCACAGUACAAUUUUUUUCUUUUUUUACUGUUCUGUUCCUUUUAACCACGUUUUCACUAGAACUCACAAAUGGCUGUAAAAUCCUGAGCUUCAAAGAACUACGUGUGGGGAGGUGACAAGAUGUUUCAGCUCCAGCUUCCAGACAUAUUCCUUCUUUCAGUUAACCAAUACCCCACAGUCUCGCUAGGGCAUGUUACAAACUGCGUUGCUGAACAUAAUUUUAGAGCAAAUCGCAAGUUUUAAAAGUCUGUCCUUCUCUCUAUCCGUCUCUGCAUUUUAUGUAAAUAUUUGUUUGUAUGUAAAGACCAGUGGAUCCUUGGGUUACCCCCACGGUCAAGAAUCUUGAGUUUUGUGCAAUGCCUAGGCCUCUCUUAGAACACGGUGCUUGCGUAGAGCUAGUCACCACGUUUGUGUGCACUCUGGUGGUUUUUAAUAUUUUUAUACAUCCUAAUCCUGAACAUUAUGAAGUAUUAUAAGUGGUCUAGACUGCAUGAUCUAAAGCAGCUGGCAGAUCCAUUUUCUUAGCAGCUGUUCCUAAAAUGUUCACAGCUACACCUUGUUUGGUUAACAUUCUUUAAAAUGAGUUUUCAAUUAAGUGUUUACACCAGACACCAGUGGAUGAGAAAGGUGUUGCAUUAUAAAAUCUCCUGUGUACAAAUUGAAAAGCCACGAUACGGCUUUAUGGGAAUUUCAGUCGUUGCUGUCUGCAAUAAAGAGAACUCUAAAGCAUACUAAAAACCAGCCUGUAUAUAGUUCACAGAGAAAGAGAUGGCUGGCUCUCGACCAUUGCAAAAUAACAGAGAUUAGCAGCGUUCCAAAAGUUCCUGCUUUUGGAUUGCUCAGAGUACUGCUGUAGGCAGGGUAGCCGGGCAGAUGGGGAUGUCACUGAAAGCAGAUGCGAAGGGGAGGAUGCCAUGUUCUGAUGACAUCGCAGUCAUUUAAAUACUCUGUAGCUGUGCAUGCAUGCGUGUGUGUGUGAAGUCUAAUGCAGGUGAAGGGAUCUGCUUUGGCAUCUUCCCAAAAAAGAAGCGAACUCUGAUAUUCAGAUUGUUCAAGGCUUUUACGGUUGACAUGUAUGGAGUGUUAACAGAAAAGUGUAUACCCUACCUGUAAAAAAACCAACUCUGUUCCAGCCUGUUUUCUUCUGUUUGGUUGUGUUUUAUCGUUUGUUUUUAUGCACACUUGCUUUGUUGGUGUUGAGAUUUUAGCACCUCAGAUGGCCAACUGAACUAAAAAAAAAAAAUAAUAAAGUCAUUAAUUAUUUUUUCUUUUUGUUGGUGGAGUUACCAUUUGUUUCCCUUGCGUUCACUCCCAGGGCUGAUGAUUAAAGAGGAAGCCGGGAGCU